CCGUGUAUGUGUUGCAUGUGUUCAUCUGUUUCAGACGUAUUUCUGGGAGAAAAGGGUGCAGGAAGUGUGAGCUGCGAAAACCCCAAAGAUCGGGCCUUUGGAUAAGCUCGGAUGGUCCCGUUAAUUUCAGUUAAUAACUGCUAUAGUUGUAUCCCUGUUGUUUGAUCCUGCAUAACUGUAGUUUGUGUCACUAAUCACUCACUGAUGGAUGCUGACAGUAACUCCAAUGGGGUUGCGGUGAACGGCACAGCGAUGCCAACAAUGCCAUCCAAGACUCCAGUUUCGCUUCUGCAGGAGCUGUGUGCCAAGCGGGGCAUCACUCCCAAAUAUGAACUUAUCCAGGUGGAGGGCGCCGUGCACGAGCCGACCUUCCUCUACCGCGCCACGGUCGGCGAGUUCAUCGCCAGCGGUCAGGGCCAGAGCAAGAAGAAGGCCAAACACGCCGUGGCCAAGGCCGUGCUGGACAUGGUGCUCGGCAACCAGGCGGCGCCGCCGGGCGCGCCGGCGCCGGCCGCGCAGGCCGAAUCGCCGCUGGAGCAGCUCGUCUCGCCGUACGACGACGGCAUCCCCGGCAAUCCGGUGGGCCAGCUACAGGAGCUGUGCAUGGCGUACCGGUACCCACCGCCGGCCUACGAGCUGUCGGCGGAGGAGGGCCUGCCCCACGAGCGCACCUUCACCAUCGCUUGUCGCAUCGGCACCGCCUUCACCGAGACCGGUGUGGGCAAGUCGAAAAAGAUCGCCAAGCGGCAGGCGUCAAACCUGAUGCUGAGCAAGCUGCGCGAGGCGCCGCCGCUGGCUGCGGCGCCGGCGGAUGCCGCCGCUGACCCGGCCGCGUCAGAAGCUCACGACCCGCAGGCGGUACAGAAGCUGGCGGACCACUUCUCGGGCCUGAUGUCGAGUCAGAUCCCGCCGCUGACGGCGUCCAGCAGCGUGCACGUGGGACAGUUCCACCGCAACCUGAAGGCGGCCGCCGGACCGAAGCUCUUCGAGCUGCGGGAGACGGCGCCGAACCAAUCGACGUGGAACUGCGUCCAGUUCCUGCAGGAGCUGGCCUUGGAGCAGACGUUCCCAAUCACCUGGGUUGAUAUCGACGAGAAGUCAUUUGAAGAUCGCUGCCAGUGCCUGGUCCAGAUAUCGACACUGCCCGUCGCCGUCUGCUACGGCGUCGGCGACGACCCGGCUAAGGCCAAGGCCGACGCGGCGCACAACGCGCUGCAAUAUCUCAAGAUCAUGGUGAACAAGUGAGCUGCCGGUCGGGGGCGCGCGUCGGCCGAGCCCGACCCCCGGCCGAACCCGGUUCGGACGUUCGCCACCCCACCACCAGGGAAGUGACGCUCCAGCAUACAGCAGCGCCUGCUGACUGACCCGGCAGUGAGCAGCGGCGUCACCACGUGUAACCGUACAAGCGUGCCGUCAGCUUUGGGUACUGACGGCCGUCAGUUUUAGUUCGCCGCGGGACGUGUGUCCCGCGCAGUUGGUAACUCCUCGCGUCGAUGAUUGUGUGCAUUUCACAAAGAAAUGCAGCCGAUUUAACGGUGGUCGCGGUACGUUCCCUGGCCAAUUUCUGUAUUCACCGUCACAAUGAUCAACUGCUGACUGCAACCCCAAAGCUGCCAGGGAGUGGCCCAACGCUGGCCCAUGUGCAUCGACCUCGUAAUGGGAAAUCUGCGUAGUGCGCGAUCCACGCUGUUUUUCCACUUGAUGUGAUCUUCUCGGCUGGUACUUGUUGUGGUGCUAGAAAAUUCAUCGUACUGGACCGGUGCGGGGUCCGGUCGUCCGCGGCUCUUUUGUUUGUGACGUAAUUGACAACGCUGUUGCGUAAUUGAACGUUUGUUCCGAGCUUUCGCCCGCCGAUGCCGACUAUUGUCGUUUGUUACCGCGAGAUAAACGGUUUUGAAUGCUAAGCUUAAAUUGGUGACAGGCCUGGUUUCAUUGCGUUCGCCCAAAGCUCGCGUUCGCUUGCUUUAUGUGCCCCAAAACCCCAGGGUGGAAGUGACGUGGGUGCCCAGCCGCCAGUUUUGGCCAGUAGCGUAGCGGAGGCCCGAAGUUGGGGCGCGGCUCCGGUUGUAACGCGGCCAGGAGCCGAGCACCCUUCAGCUGCCAGCUGGGAAGCCACGCGUGCGCGGGCUGCGGCUCACCGCCCUCGGGUGGUGGCCUGUCGGCGUCCUGACCCGCUAGGCGGGCCAGUGGGACGCGGCGUGACCCGCGUCUCUUCUCACCUCGCUGGAAUCUGCUGCCGUCGAUUGGGCGUUGUUUUAUACCGUGUUGGUCGGCUGAGGCCCAGCCGGCGGCGAUUGCGGAAGCCGGCCGGGAGCGUCGCAGGUCACGCGUGCGCGCGCUCGCCUCCGCCGUUUGUGCGUAUUGUGUACCGUGUAGAGGGCGCGGCGGCCGCGCCGGCGCCCCGCUGUACCGGCCGGCCAGCCGCGCCCGCGUGCUGGCGCCGAUGGCUCUGAGUUUGUUCGCGCCAGGUGUGAGGCCCCUGACUAACCGCGCAGCCGCGCGCUGCCGCUCUCCCCUCUCCCCUCUGUCCCCGCUCUCUCCGCUCUCGUGCGUACCGAGCACCUGGCACCUACCAACGCAGAGGCAGCUGGCCUCGAGCAGCCAUUGUGAUCCAGUCGGGGCCCGCGCUGGUGGGCCCAGACCGCGCGCGCCUGCCGCCGGUCUGGGCGCGUGUAGCACGAGCCGUGACUGCAAACCGCCGCCAGACGGCGGGUCCGGCACUGCCCGGCCGGCGCGCCGGGCCCGGAGACGGCCUCAUGGUGUCGGUCUCGUGACCUGGCGGCACCUCUAGUCCUGCGGACUCAGCUGUGAACCGACGUUGUGCUGCGCGCGCGUGUGCGUGUGCGUGUGCGUGUCAGAGUGCAUAUGUGUAAUAUAGGUGGCA